AUGGAGGAAUUCUGUAACGGCACAUUUUGGGAUAUCAAUGAGACUUGGAACAGCAGCUGGCCACAAUUUACUGAGUGUUUCCAAAAUACAGUGUUGGUAUGGGUGCCCUGUGGCUAUGUGUGGCUAGCUCUACCAUUCUAUAUAUGGUACCUUACCUCUGUCAUAGGCCAACCUCUCAAGUGCUCAUGGAAACACAGAAUUAAACUGGCCAUAGCAGUUAUCCUAAUUGCCUUCCUUGUGUAUUGGAUUGUUGAAGUGGUGAAUACCCUCAAACCUAAAGAAGAGUACUGGAGAGCCACUCUUGUAGGACCAAUCAUACACCUAGCUACCCUUUGUGUAGUGUUUGUACUAAUGUGCCUGGAGAGAUGGAAAGGACUGGUCACCUCAGGAGUGCUGUUUAUAUACUGGGUUCUGGUCGCUGUGACCUUUAUCAUUCCUUUUUAUUCCACAAUCAUUCAAAAGGCCUAUGAAGACCAUCAAACUGGAUUUAUCAUUUUCAUGGUUUCCACUGGGCUAGUUCUUAUAGAGGUGUUGGUUCACUGUAUAGCAGAGGAAUUACCCAACACUGACAAGUUCACAUGUCCUGAAAUUCAGGGGUCAUUUUUAUCAAGGUUGUCAUUUACAUGGCUUGACAAGCUUAUGGUAAUGGGAUACAGGAAGACUCUGACAGAAGAUGAUGUAUUUAACUUGAAUCCCUCAGAACAGUCAAACGAAGUCGUGCCUAGAUUUGAAAGAGUCUGGCAAAGCGAGUCUGCGAAACAGAAAAUCAAAGCUAGGAAAUCAAGGGUUACUAAAGUACCUGCAAGUUCCUAUGAAAACUUCACAGAGAGAACACCAUUAUUGUCUGGCACUAACAUUAACCAAGACACAAAAAAGGACUCCUCUAAAGAUUUGGUUGGAAAAGCCAGUCUGGCAAAAGUGCUAUUCAAAACAUUUGGAUUGGAAUUAUUAAAUGCCCAUAUAUUCAAAUUAUUUUAUGAUGGACUAAAUUUUGUUAAUCCCUUUCUUUUACGCUUGCUGAUUGACUUUACGGUGCCUGAUGCUAAUGGUGUUUACCAGCAAACCUGGAAGGGGUAUGUCCUGACUGCAGGUUUCUUCCUCACCGUCCUCAUGCAGUCUUUUCUCUUUCACCAAGUAUUUCACAAGAGUACUACCCUUGGCUUGCGUGUUCGUGCUGUACUCAUAUCAGCUGUCUACAAGAAGGCAUUAACAAUGAGCAGUGCAUCAAGAAAGGAAUCGACAGUUGGUGAAAUAGUGAAUCUCAUGUCUGUUGAUACAGAGCGCAUAGUCUCAACCUUACAGUAUCUGUGGGGAAUCUGGUCCUCACCACUUCAAAUGGCUGUUGCACUCUACUUCCUAUAUGAGACUACUGGUCCGUCCAUGUUUGCUGGCUUUGGAUCACUUAUACUCAUGUUUCCUGCAAAUGGCUACCUCAUGUAUAAACUUCAAAAGCUUCAAGAAGAGCAGAUGAAGUUGAAGGACGACAGGAUCAAAGUCGUUACAGAGGUUCUCAAUGGUAUAAAGAUUCUGAAACUCUAUGCAUGGGAGAUGUCAUUUAAAGAGAAGAUUGCUGCUGUGAGGAAACUGGAAUUAGCUGUGAUCUGGAAAGCAGGGAUUUACAACUGUGGCUUCAUGUUCUCUUGGACCAUAGCUCCAUACCUCGUGUCCCUGGCAACUUUUGUAACAUUUAUAUAUGCAUCAAAGGACCAUUUUCUGGACCCUCAGACAGCAUUUGUGGCCAUUUCUCUAUUCAACAUUCUGAGGUUUGCUGUUAAUAUUGCUCCAGCUGUCAUCACGGAAGUAGUCACGGCUAAUGUCUCAGUGAAGCGUUUAAGUAAAUUUCUGAACAGUGAUGAUCUUGAUGAAACCUGUGUGACUCAUAACACCUCUGAACGUGAUGCAGUUGUGAUCAGGGAUGGAGAAUUUCUGUGGGAUGAAGAGGUUGGUACUACACUGUCAAACAUCAACGUACGAGUGCCAGAGGGAAGCUUAGUGGCUGUCGUUGGACAGGUAGGGUCAGGAAAAUCUUCUCUUAUAUCAGCCAUCUUGGGAGAGAUGAAGAAAGUGAAGGGAGAGGUGAAUGUCAAGGGCUCUUUAUCAUACAUACCACAACAAGCCUGGAUCCAGAAUGCGACGCUUCAGGACAACAUCUUGUUUGGUGAGAAUCUACAACAGCGGCGUUAUGAUGAUAUAGUGGAUGCUUGUGCACUUGUCUCUGAUAUGGACAUGCUGCCUGGAGGAGACCAGACAGAAAUUGGAGAAAAGGGUAUCAAUCUGAGUGGAGGUCAGAAACAAAGGGUCAGCUUGGCUCGUGCAGUGUAUUUUGACUCUGACAUCUACCUGUUGGAUGACCCACUAAGUGCUGUCGACUCUCAUGUAGGCAAACAUAUAUUUGACAGAGUCCUAGGUUCAAAUGGACUUCUGAAAAACAAGACAAGAAUACUAAUAACACAUGGAGUCCAGUGGCUUCCCCAUGUUGACACUAUCGUGGUGCUGGAUAAUGGCAAAGUGACAGAGAUGGGAUCCUAUGAUGAGUUACUCAGUCAUGCUGGAGCAUUUGCCAAGUUUUUACAAACCUACUUACUUCAGAAUGAUGAGGAUUCUGAUCAGGAAGAGGAUCCUGAAGUUGUGGAGACCAAAGCAAAGAUUCUGCAGCGACUCACUUCAAUCAAUUCAGAUGAUGGUGGUGAAUUAUUAAGGGCAUCAGAGUCUGAGAGUGGCACAGAGGACAAGACACUAAGGAGAAGGAAAGCGUUGUCUAAAGAAGCAGCAGUGGAGAAGAAGAUGGAGGAUAAGUUGAUAGAGGAAGAAAAGUCAGAGACAGGCAGUGUGAAACUUGCUGUGUUUUUUGCCUAUGCCCGAUCUUUAGGAAUUCUGUAUUCCAUCCUGAUUGUGCUUGUAAGUGCUAGCUAUCAAGCUCUGUCCGUUCUUGGCAACAUGUGGCUUAGUAAGUGGACUGGUGAUGCUACCCUCAAUAACCGUACCAUUGGACCACCAGACAGCUCGGUCUAUAUGGAUAAGAACAGCUAUUAUCUGGGAAUCUAUGGAGGACUUGGGGCAGGACAAGCUGUUUUCGUCACAGCAUUCUCAGUGAUUGUAGUAGUCAGGGCUGUGAGGGCUUCUAGAAUGCUUCAUAGUCAGAUGCUCCAUGGCAUCCUGCGGUCACCGAUGUCCUUCUUUGACACGACACCUGUUGGUCGAAUCAUCAACCGCUUCUCCCAGGACAUGGACAUCAUCGACCGAGAACUCCCCCUGACAUUCCAGAUGUUCCUAGACUGCCUGUUUGUGGUGAUUGGAUCACUGGUUGUCAUAUCCUACAGUACACCUUUCUUUAUGAUCAUCAUUGUCCCUGUGGGAUUUGUUUACUUCCUUGUACAGAGAUUUUAUAUUCCAACCUCCCGCCAGCUGAAGAGAGUCGAGUCAAAGACCCGUUCACCUAUCUAUAAUCACUUCAGUGAAACACUAUCAGGAGUUAGUGUUAUCCGUGCAUACAAUGUCCAGCACAAGUUUAUUGCAGAGUCUGAAAUGCGGGUGGACCUCAACCAAAAGUACUCUUUUGCAAGUUUUUCAUCAAACAGAUGGCUUGGUUUCCGAUUAGAGUUCCUGGGAAAUUUGAUCAUUGUGGCAGCUUCACUGCUGUCAGUGAUAAGUCGAGACGGCAGUGGCAUUACAGGGUCCAUUGUUGGCCUGUCAAUCACAUACGCAUUACAGAUCACAGAGAAUCUUAAUUGGAUGGUGCGAAUGUCAAGUGAACUUGAGACAAAAGUGGUUUCUGUAGAAAGAGUAAAAGAGUACUCAGAGCUACAACACGAGGUAACUUUGGUGUACAAGAGUCAUCGUCCAUCUUUGUUAUGGCCAGCAAAAGGUGAGGUCAAGUUUCACAAAUAUUCCACCCGCUAUAGGCAAGGGCUUGAUCUCGUCCUCAAGAAUAUUGAUGUGGUAAUCCAACCUGGUGAAAAGGUAGGUAUUGUUGGAAGGACAGGGGCGGGGAAGUCUUCCCUCACAUUAGCAUUGUUCCGCCUGAUUGAACCUGCCAACGGAAGCAUCAUAAUUGAUGGAGAAAACCUAAAUCGUAUGGGGCUCCAUGAUUGUCGAUCUAGACUGACAAUCUUACCCCAGGAACCUGUGUUAUUCUCUGGGUCACUGAGGAUGAACCUUGACCCCUUAGAUAAUUAUAUGGAUAGUGACCUCUGGAAUGCCCUGGAACAUGCACAUCUGAAAACCUUUGUCCAAUCAUUGCCAACAGGCCUUGAAUAUGACUGUGGAGAAGGGGGACAAAACUUAAGUGUUGGACAGAGACAGUUGGUGUGUCUGGCUCGCAGUCUCUUACGUAAAACAAAGAUCCUGGUGCUGGAUGAAGCCACUGCUGCUGUUGACAUGGAAACAGAUGACCUUAUACAGCAGACUAUUCGCACAGAGUUCAAGGACAGCACAGUCCUAACCAUAGCUCACCGUCUCAACACUAUCAUGGAUUAUAACAGAAUCAUGGUACUGGACAAAGGUGAAAUCUGUGAGUUUGAUUCUCCUGACAAUCUCCUUAAGGAUACAAGCAGUGUCUUCUACCAACUUGCAAAGGAUGCUGGGAUUAUAUGAUCAUGGAAUGGUGCUAGGAAACCUUGGUAUAAGUGUGUGCAGCUGUAUUUACUGUAUUUAUAGCAUUAAGUACCUGUACAUAAAAUUAGUCAGGGAGUUGUAAGACAUCAGUACAGAGUAUAUAUACUGUUUGUUCUGAGAGUUACAUAACACAACUUGAUAAAGAAAUACCUUUACUUGGUAAGGUCAUGUAGGCAUUUUAAAAGUAGAUAGUAAAAAAAUUGUGAUAUUUUGAAUCCAUUUCUUAUUUUGUAUUGUUAGUAGAAAGAUUGUUGUAUGAGACAAGUUCCAUUUGUAAUUAUUUACCUGAUAAUAUUCCUUGUGAUCAGGGAAUCAUAUACCAGAGUGUAUUUUCUCUUAGAAUAGAUAGCAAGAUUCGAUUGCAGAAAAGCUCAAGUGUCACCGGUAAGUUGGAUACUUGUCAACUCGUUUUGCCUCUUAGUUCAAGUCAUGACAAAUUUUAAUGAUAUUUUCAUUCCUGUAUUUUAUUUGAUGAAAUUUGUUCGGAUGAAACUUUGACCUAAGAGGCAAAUCUAGUCGACAUAUGAAGAUAAGUAUCAAAUGACACUAAAGCUUGUUGUAAUUGAUUUGUUUUACUUAUAUAUUUUGUUAAUCUCCAAGCAUACUUUUGGUAUUCAAGCUCAAGUACAACACCCCACUGAACAACCUGCCCGCCUUGUAACUGACAUUGGCUCAGUUUUUCUGUUUUCUCUGACAGGCAGACAAGUACAUUCAAAAGACAAUUAAUAAAAAGUAAUGAUCUUCUUUAUAAUCGCUCAAUUAGUGUGAUACAUUAUCACUGACUAGUCUGUUAGAUGAGAACAAGCCGUCACAUUUUAAGUGUAGACAAGAAACCCUUAACCAAUCGACCAAUCUUGGUGAAUUUAAGUAAUCUUACCUCUAUUUAUUUCAAAAUGUCUGACUUCAUAUUGUCUGUCAAUAAACACAAGAAAUUUUGUUAUGCAAAUUGCAGUACAUCUGUGUGGGUUAUCCUUACCUAUCAAAUCACACAAUGUGUUUUGAAAAUGUAAAAGUGUCAGUAAAUGAAAGUGAUAUUGAGUGAUUUGUGAGACAUAGAGGUACGGUUCUGCCAUCUGUAUGUCCCUCUUGGAAGGAUGAGCAGUCCGUGUUGUCGGAAAUUCUGAGUGAUACAUGGAUAAUGCAUGAGUGAUUCAACAAGAAUUGUUUAACAGAAUGCACUCUAUAGAUUUCAUGUUUCAGUGACACAUUUCAGAAUUUGUUGAAGAUGAAUUGUUCAGUCAGUAUCUAGAAAAGUGGAAGUGUAACAUGCAUAAUACUUGAAGGAAUUGAGAUGAAGGGUGGUCUGGUGGUAGGACAUUGGGCUGAUGAUGAAAGGGUGACUAGUGUGACUUCAGGCACAGACACCAUAUUGUAUCCUUGGACUUUGCUUGACUGAAUAUCUAGAGUAUGUGAUUGAUCAGAGCUGGACAUGGUGUGUAGGUUACCUACUGAGUGUGCCAAAUUACAGUGAAGGCUGUACGCUCCCCAGGGAAUGAAGACAGUUUACAGCUAAAAUAAAAAGGCCUGAUUACCUUUAUUCGUCGACUAAAAGGCUGAAAGGUUGUAAUAGUGGAUGUAAAACACAUUAACUACUGAUAAUAAUUUGAUAUAGGAAUCUCAAAUCAUUAUUAUAAUGAUGCAACAAUUUGUUUUUUCUAGGCUUGAGCAAUCAUUUGUAAAUAGCCCAAUUGUGAUGUGGUGGGUGUGAAGACUGAUUCCCUGAGCAUAAUAUUUGUUUCUUACUUCAUAAUUAUCUGACUUUCAAAUGAGUAUGAAAUAAGGUAGAGAGAUAUAUUUAGAAAUUUGUCACUGCAUGUUGUAUUUUUUCUUUACAGUUGUGUAAUCAAUUUUGUAUAAUUGAGUUAUUAUUAACUGAAAGCAUCUUUAUGAAAUUGAAACUUUCAUGUUUUUUUAGAUGCCA